UCUCUGCCGCCCUCUCCCCAGCAGCAGCGGCAGUACUGUUGGAGCCCGUCCUGGAUCAGUGGCGAUGGGCUGAACGGCAGAGAGGGACCGACCCACCGAUAACACCACCGACACCAGCAGCCGCGGAGUGUAGCAGAGAACAGAAGGGAGAGACUCGGGAAUUUUUUCCCGGUCCCACUUGCCCCCGCUCCUCUUGACUCCCGGCCCCAGCAGGCCAGGGAAUGUCCCGGUGGCGAAAUGCCUUACGUGGACCGACAGAACCGCAUCUGUGGCUUCCUGGACAUAGAGGAGAACGAGAGCAGUGGCAAGUUCCUGCGUCGGUACUUCAUACUGGACACGCAGCAGGGAAGCUUGGUGUGGUUCAUGGACAACCCGCAGAACCUGCCUGUUGGUGCAGACUGUGUUGGCUCUCUCAAGCUCACCUACAUCUCUAAGGUCAGCGACGCCACAAAGCUGAGGCCGAAGGCAGAGUUCUGCUUUGUCAUCAAUGCUGGGAUGAGGAAGUUCUUCCUGCAGGCCAAUGACCAGCAGGAUCUCGUGGACUGGGUUAACGCUCUCAACAAAGCCACCAAGAUCACUGUGCCAAAGUUGUCUGAUGGACAGCAGAAUGCAGAGAACCAGAAGGCUUUGCCAGAUGUUGUAGGGCCCAAAAAACAAGUCUCCUACAAGACAGAGAUUAUUGGAGGAGUCCCCAUCGUCACCCAGACACAGCAUGAAGGUUGUGAUGGUGCAGACAGAGCGGAGCGUGAGGCCAUGCAUCGCUCCCACAGUCAGCUGCCGUACUUCCUGGGCAGGCCGACUCAGGAGCACACCGUCAUCAAGUCGGGCUACUGCGUCAAGCAGGGAGCUGUGAUGAGGAACUGGAAACGACGAUACUUCCUACUGGAAGAAAACUCGAUGAGUUACUUCAAAUCAGAUCUGGAGAAGGAGCCUCUGAGAAUGAUCCCACUGAAGGAAGUUCACAAAGUUCAGGAGUGCAAACAGAGUGACAUCAUGAUGAGAGAUAAUCUGUUUGAAGUCGUCACCACAUCAAGGACGUUUUACAUACAGGCGGAUAGUCCAGAGGAGAUGCACAGCUGGAUCAAGGCCGUCUCAGGGGCCAUUGUGGCCCAGCGGGGUCCUGGGAGGUCUGCUGCCACAAUGCGGCAGGCCAGACGGCUGUCGAACCCCUGUAUACAGAGGUAUACGUCCCGAAUCGGGGAGUGCAGCAGCACUCUGCUGCAGCUGUGUACCUGUCUUAGAUGUGUGACAUCCUGCUUGUCUCUCCUCCUCCCUCCUGUUCGCUGCCUGAACACGGCAGCCGCUCCACUUUCUACCGCAGCCCCGCGGGUCCCCCCGUCCCUCGCUCGCCCAUAUCUGCCAUGCCACCAUCCUACCCAGAGUGGGGGACUGCUGUCACGUGCGGCACACGCCCGCAGCCUGGCGUGGGACAGCGAGCACUUCAUGAGCCUGCUGCCACGGCCCAGUCACAGCCACACGCCAGCACGCCUGUCCCUGCAGGAGACGCGCCUGGCAAAGUGACCUGCGAACCGCCGGCAACCACCGUCAAUGACCCGGAGGAGUCACCGUGGCGACGGCGGAGCAGCUUUGAGCCCCACAUGCCCGAACCGCCCCUGGACCUGGAUGACGCUGACCUGCCGGUGAGCCAGGUCUGAGCCGUCGAACUGGACGUUAAAACGUGUUAAUCUGGAUGGACACUCCACAGAGGAGGAGGAGAUGGUGCACAACGAGUGUUUAAAAUGGGCAGGUGUUGGUUUUAAACCAAAGCUGUUGGCGGAUGACAGCGGACAACAUCACAAACUCACGUUGAGCGCCUCCGUCAGUGCCGUCAGUGGGCCAGAGACAUGUUGGGUCACCACUGAACUGCACACGUGUGCCAAAGACGACCCCGUCUUCACCCGCAUCCCUCUGCCUGCCUGCUGUCUCAUUUAACAAGCCUGUAUUUAUUUACUGAGAGUUGAUGUUAUCAACAAAACCACACAUUUUAUUUUACUUGUGCCGAUUAGAAUUCAAUGAGAGAGCUUUAUUUUAACCUGUACAGGCACAACGGUGUGAUUGACGGCCUAUGUGGGCGGAGGAUGUUUGUAAACCACUUUGUGCCAAGAAAAUAAGGGAGCUUUCAAGUGCAAGCUAUUUCCUCUUGUCUGAAAAGAGUGUUUCAAACUGAGGACGGACUAUUUCAUCACCUCUCUAAUCCACUAAUUUAAACUGUGUGGUCCAUUCAUACACUCACUGUUGUCAGCCUGGAUUUGUCUGCUAUUGUUGGCCAGUGUUAGGAGUACGUGUCGAGCCUAGUCUGAGAUCAAAUCCUCACUCCAAUACAAAUACUAACUCAUAGAUUCGGGACCGGUCUAGAGUUAGACGCAGUUGAAAAUAUGUGUGUAUGACCCAGUGUGUAUAAUAAUAAUAAUAAUAAUGAUGAUGUUAAUAAUGAUAAUAAUAAGACCACAUGUGUUGCAGCCACAUUGGCUUAAAUUUCUCUUUUUAUUUUUUCAGAUAUAUCUGAGGGUUAAGUUGUUCAGUCAUAUAAUGGAAUCCUCACUUAUGUUGACCACAAGCUUGAACUAGCUCACAUGUACAUCUACAGUAAAGUGGGAGACUGACUGUGCAGGAGCUCAAAAGAAAAACAACAUUUUUGGAAGCUGUCACAGCACAUGAAUCUAUUGAAAAACCUGAAUCAGCCUGUUUGCAAACUACAUUUAAGUUUAAUCAGACUUUUCACGUUUGUGAUACUUGACAAUGUGGAAGAGGAACAAGAAGUACUUAAGAGUACACUUGUACACAUUUUAUAUAAGUCAUAGUAAUAAAAACUUUAACAUUAGGGCUGGAUCUGUAAUAGAUCAGCUUCAGACACAUGAGUUAACUAAACCUGCAGUUCUUGUUUGAAGAUGAUACUGUAUGAACACCAUGCAUACAUUUUGUAUACAGAAACAUUAAAGCUCAGACACUUUCAUUGCAUGUUAACAUUUUAAUAAUUCCUCAGAUUGUCUUUCUUUUUUAACAAUGUUUAGUUUAUCGAAGUUGUGUGUUUGCAGAAUAGAGCUGGUUGUGUGCAGCAGAUUUAUUUUUUAUAUGCUUUUAGAUGUUUUUUCUGAUUGUUGUACCUGUGUUGCCAACCCAGCAGGAGGCAGCUGUCUCGUGGUUUUAUCUAAAAAAAAAAAAAAUCAUCCCACUGUAGUCCUGCUAAAUAAUACACACUAAUCUUUUUUUUAAAGUGCCUGCUUCAUUUCAGCCCAGCAGCGUUCAAGCCUAGUUCACCCUCUUUCAGUCUGGUAUAAUUGGUUUGAAUUGUCUCUAUUUAUUAUGUGGAUGACUUGAAAGAAAUAAACACUGAAAAUGUGUUCGGGUUUCCUGGA